CGACGAUGCAGUCCCUCUGCGCUAGCUUCAACAUGAUGCAGGUCGCCCCGGCGACCUCGGCUCCCAAGGCCGCCUCCGCCAAGUCGGCCAAGGCGUCCUCCUUCGUGGGUCAGGGUGUGACCGUCCAGGGCUGGAAGGUCGGCGGUGUGAAGCGCGGUGAGCUUCAGGUUCGCGCGGCGCGCGUCGCGGGUGUGGAGAUCCCCAACAACAAAAAGGCUGAGAUCGCGCUCACCUACGUCUACGGCAUUGGCAACACCACCGCCAAGAAGAUCAUGGCCAAGACGGGCCUGGAGAACAAGCGCGUUCGCGAGUUUGAGGAGGAGGAGCUCACGAUCCUUCGCGCGGAGGUUGACACCUACAUGAUCGAGGGUGACCUGCGUCGCUUCAACAUGCUCAACAUCAAGAGGCUGAAGGAGAUUCAGUGCUACCGCGGCAGACGCCACAUCAGGGGGCUGCCCGUGAGGGGACAGCGCACCAAGACCAACGCGCGAACUCGCAAGGGCAAGGUCAAGACCGUCGCCGGCAAGAAGAAGUAAGGGACCGGCGGUCCGUACGUGAUGAGAGGAUCGAUCGUUUCUGUCCUCUCAAUUUUCGCCGUUUCGACGCGGGAUGCGCAAUCCCCUCGACGACGUGAUUCUUUGUAAAGAGGCGGGUUUUGGUUGCUGAGCGUUUUUAUCUGAUUGAUGACAAAAAACACACUCGACGUC